AUGUCGACGUCGAUGCACCGCGACGAGGACACGGACUGUCCUCCGAUGAACAAAGGACCCUAUGUGCCCGUUACAUUCUGCAAGUCUCCCCCUCGUGUGCCGAUCCCAGUGACUGUUAACUCUUCCCCACAUGCCCUUCCUCCACUCGCCAAUGUCAAAAGAAAGAACCGCGCGCACGAGUUCCGAAAACUAAUCAUCACCCCCCCCCCCCCCCCCGGGUACUCUCCCUCUCCCGUACAUGUUCCUCCCCCAACAGUCCUGACCAAGUAUCGUUCGACCUCGUUGACGAAAGAGUAUCCGAGCGUGCACUCCUUCCUCGCCUCGACGUGCACCCCCGGAGGACUUCUGCGCCUACUCGGGACUGCGUCCGGUCUGGCGGUGAUCGUGAUCGUCGCGUCGCGCGAUGGGCCGAACGGCGUAGGCGAACUCUGGUUCAACGUCGAGCAGACGAAUCUGAUCCGGUUGGGUUUGCGAAGGGCCUUGAUCGAGGGGGGUGUGGCUUCGCCCGAGGCGAGGGAGAUCGAAGGGGAUCAUUGGGAGGACAAAGGCGCCGAAGCGGCUUACCCAGCCGACAGCUUGACCUUGGUACCUUUUUCGACGUCCGACACCGCUUCCUCUUCGACGACCGGUUCGAAUUCGACUCCGGAAGAAGGUCAGCUCGAAAGAACGACCUCGAGCUUGGGACGAGCACCCCUUCCAGCAGCAGCAGCGAGUGGUGGUUUUGGCCAAGCCGUCUUUACGAGUCAGGCCGCAUUGGAUCGUGCGCUCAAGGCGAUCAAGAAGCAGUUGGAUCGGGUCGGGUCCAAUAAGGCUUUGGAUGGGUUCAGCAAGAUGAGGGACGCGUGGGCGAUCGCCAAGAAGCACAAGGCCCGCGUCGUUGCUUUGGACGUGGGUACGUCUCAGUGGGGGGGGGAAGUUGGUUCAUCUCCAGAUCUGAAGCUGAUUAGUACGCACCGUUCAAAAUCAGAAACGUGGGAACACAACCACGACGUCAUCACCGAGGUCGGCGUGACCCUCGUCGAAGCUCAAUCCGGGCGACUCGAAUCGAGGCACUACAGUUCGUCCAACUCGCCUGAAGGGGAUCUCAUCAACAGAAAGCAUUCACUGACCCCACACCUCAACAGUCAUUGAGGAGAACCAGAAACGACGCAAUGGACGAUGGGUCAAGGAUCGACGCGAUGUAAGAGUGGCCAUCUCUCGCUCUACAAGAAGCCCGGUUAGCUGAUUUACAUCCUACGGUUUCGCACAGUACUUUUCCUUUGGCGACUCGCAAACGCUACCGGAAAGGAGCCUCUCGAUCAUCCUACAACGCCUCUUGCUUCCUUCUCCUACCCCUGCUUACCCGAUUCUCUUGAUCCUCCACGCCCCGAGUGCGGACCUCGAUGCUCUCGCGGCAUUGGACGUCGAUGUGCUGCUCUUCCACAAGACGCUCGAACCAUUGCUACGACCGCGCCUCUCGUCGACACCAGGGACGUUCAUCCUCGACACGCAAGCCUUGUUCCGCGGCUGGUCCAAAGCGAAUUCGCAACCGACCGUACAACAAGUUGGCCAAGAACCGAAAUUGAUCUCGUUGGGGGAUGCGGUCGAGAGGGUCGGGUUGGCGCCCGGGGAGAGUUUACAUAAUGCUGGCAACGACGCGUACUAUACGUGGAAGGUUUUCGAGUGCAUGAUGAAUAAGGAUGAUGUGGUUAGGACGGGCGGUGGAGCGGGUCAGGGUCAGGGACAAGUGCAGAGGGGGAAUGGGCAGAGCGCGAAUGACCACGUCAAGAACGGCGGCCCAGGCCACGGUACUGGCAACAACGGUCGAGGAAGGGGUAAAGCGACGCCCACGCCUCCACCUACACAACAAACGCGCCGGAUCCCAGGUCUGCAUGCUCCUGCUCCCAAAGCUCACGUUCGAACCGGUCCGAACGCUGAAGGAUGGGGUGCUCGACCCGUGGUGAAGCCUUCGUCUGGCAGGCGGUCGAGUGGGGGAUGGAACGUGCCCGAUGGGAGUGAGAACGCCGGUCAGGGAUGGUAA